AUGGACGCCAAGACAACGGGUGAACCCGCAUUUACGAUUGGUAGCCCCCUAAGCUGGAGCCUGAAGCAAGUUUCUUUAGGCAGCACUGAACGAGCGAUAAAGAAGGUCAACAAUCACAACUUCGGAAAUCUCAACACCCACAGUUCGAGCUCCGGUAUGCCAUGUCUCUUCCAUCGCCCUUGUACUGUUACCCUUCUUUGCCGGAGGGGUGUUCGCUUGCUUCGGCUAUUGCCUCAUCAAGACGGGCAUGCCCCCAUACAAUGUCAGCUCUUUGACUGCGCCCUAGCGGACUCAGAAAGCACUCGCCCGUACGAGGCUCUGUCCUACGUAUGGGCCUCUGAGAACAAGCCUCGGUCUAUUUCUAUAGACGGCUGCGACUUGCCAGUCGGGGAAAACCUUUACGCGGCGCUAUCACAUCUUCGAGAUCGCUCCAUUGAACGAACCAUAUGGAUAGACGCUAUUUGCAUCAACCAACGAUGCCUAAAGGAAAAGGGACAGCAAUUCCAGUCUAUGGCGAAGAUCUAUACCAAAGCAAGCCGUGUGAUUGUUUGGCUUGGAGGAGCGACACCCGACAGCGGUCAAGCACUCGAAGAAAUACGCAUCGCAGCAGAGCAGCGUACGAAGCCCUCACCUACGAAGCCCUCAAUUAACGAAAGUGCAAUCCUUAAACUGCUUGAGGGGCCAUGGUUUCAACGCAUCUGGGUACUUCAGGAAGUUGCCGCGGCCCUAAAUGUACUGAUCAAAUGUGGUCCCACCGAGAUUAGCGGAUAUGCGUUCUGUUCAGGCCUAAGCAAGUUGAACCUAUCCUAUGAAACCCGCCCGGACCUGUCGUCUCUGAUCCGUUCAGUAUCCUAUCUCAUAAGGGGUGCGGCCUUCCGGCCUAGAUGCGCAACUGGUCGGUCAGGCAGGUUUUCCCUGGGCAUAUGCCCUCUAGGUGAGCUGGUAGAUAUGUACCACACUCGCAAAGCAACUGACCGCCGCGACAAGGUUUAUGCCUUGCUCAGCAUGAGCUCUGAUGAUACUAGCAUCGCAGGGUUAUCCGCCAACUAUGAGAUUUCAUGGGGACGACUAUUCCAGCAACUCAUCAACUUCUUCUCUAAACGAGUGUCUGUAGACACUUGGGAUGAUAAGGAGAUAGCGGUAAUCAGGGGCAAGGGUUGCGUUCUAGGCGAAGUGUCUUCAGUCGAAAUAGACACUGAUUGGGAAGACAGACAGCACGUGGGCAUUACAUGGAAGAAUGCGUCUGGCUAUAGGGGGCCGGGUUCUCCCUGGACCUUAUAG